AUGUCUACCAAAAAUACCCUUAGGAGUCAAAGGAGUCACUGUGGCUUCAGUGCCAGCUCAGCCAGGGUGCCUGUCCUCAACCGCUCUGGCUUCAGCAGCAUGUCUGUGUGCCACUCUCGGGGCACAAGUGGCUCCGGUGCAGUGUGUGGAGGAGCUGGCUUUGGCAGCAGGAGCCUCUAUGGUGUAGGAAGCUCCAAGAGGAUCUCCAUUGGAGGGGGCAGCUGUGGCAUUGGAGGAGGCUAUGGCAGCCGAUUUGGAGGAGGCUCCAGUAUAGGAGAAGGAGCUGGAGGUAGCUUUGGUUUUGGUGCUGGAGCUCACUUUGGUGGUGGCAAUGGAAGAGCUGGCUUCCCGGUGUGCCCACCUGGAGGCAUCCAAGAGGUCACCAUCAACCAGAGCCUCCUCACCCCCCUGAACCUGCAAAUCGACCCCAACAUCCAGCGGGUCAGGACUGAGGAGAGGGAGCAGAUCAAGACCCUCAACAACAAGUUUGCCUCCUUCAUCGACAAGGUGCAGUUCCUGGAGCAGCAAAACAAGGUCCUGAACACCAAGUGGGCCCUGCUGCAGGAGCAGGGCAGCAAGAUCCAGAAGCAUAACUUGGAGCCUAUGUUUGAGCGGUACAUCAGGAGCCUUCGCAGACGUAUGCACAACAUCACUGGAGAGAGGGGUCGCCUGGACUCUGAGCUGAGCAUCAUGCAGGACACGGUGGAGGACUAUAAGAGCAAAUAUGAAGAUGAAAUAAACAGGCGUACAAAAGCAGAGAAUGAAUUUGUGAUGCUGAAGAAGGAUGUAGAUGCUGCCUACAUGAACAAGGUUGAACUGCAAUCCAAGGUAGACAGUCUGGCAAAUGAGAUCAACUUCCUGAGAGCUAUUUAUGAGGCAGAACUGACUCAGGUACAAACUGAUGUCUCAGACACAUCUGUGGUCCUCUCCAUGGACAACAACCGCAGCCUGGACCUGGACAGCAUCAUUGAUGAGGUCAAGGCCAAGUAUGAGGAUAUUGCUCAGAGAAGUUGGGCUGAAGCUGAGUCCUGGUACCAGACUAAAUAUGAGGAGCUGCAGGUCACAGCUGGCAGACAUGGGGAUGACCUGCGCAACACCAAGAAGGAGAUCGCUAAGAUCAACCACAUGAUCCAGAGGCUGAGAUCUGAGAUCGACCACGUUAAGAAGCAGUGUGCCAACCAGCAAGCUGCUAUUGCUGAUGCUAAGCAACGUGGGAAGAUGGCCCACAAGGAUGCCAGGGGAAAGCUGGAAGCGAUGAAGGAUGCCCUGCAGAAUGCCAAAGAGGACAAGUUCAAGCUGCUGACCUACUACCAGGAUAUUGCGAAUAUCAAUCUGGAACUUGAUAUGGAAAUCGCCGCCUAUAGGGCACUUCUGGAAGUAGAGGAGUACAGAUUCAAUACUGAAGGCGUUGGUCCAGGCAAUAUCUCUGUGGUGCAGUCCACCAUGUCUGGCAACUAUGGCAGUGCAGGUGGUGCCAGCAGCAUCUUAGGCCUGUGUGGAGGCAACAGCCAUUCCUAUGCCAGUAGCCAUGGACUUGGAGGUGGCUUCAGUUCUGGCAGUGGCAGAGCCAUUGGAGGUGGCCUCAGCUCCUCUGUGGGCAGCUCUUCUACCAUCAAAUACACCACCAGUGCCUCCUCCAGCAGGAAGAGUUACAAGCACUGA